CAAAUGGACGGUGUAGACCGCGGCUCAUCUGGGGCACGUUCUGUAUAAACCAGCAGCACCGCCGAUCCCCCACCGCCGCCGCGCAGAAACCCUACGGAGUACGGACCGCCCGAGCCCUCCGCCCCUCAUCUCCUCCUCGAGCUCUCUCCCUCCCGGAUCCUGGAUGAAGUUUGUUGCUGCCUAUCUGCUUGCUGUCCUCGCUGGCAACCCCAGCCCCUCCGCGGAGGAUUUGUCGGCCAUUCUGGAGUCAGUUGGCUGUGAAAUUGACAAUGAAAAGAUGGAGCUCCUGCUGUCCCAACUGAGUGGAAAGGAUAUUACUGAGCUCAUUGCUGCGGGCAGGGAGAAGUUUGCUUCGGUCCCAUGCGGUGGUGGUGGUGGUGGUGUGGCUGUUGCGGCAGCUGCCCCAGCUGCUGGUGGAGCUGCUCCUGCAGCUGAGGCGAAGAAGGAAGAGAAGGUGGAGGAGAAGGAAGAGAGUGAUGAUGACAUGGGCUUCAGCCUCUUCGACUAGGCUUGUGCAGUCAUCAGAGUUUUGUUUUUUUGGCAGGAAGACCAAGAUGUUUGGAUUUCAACCUUAUUUUGUUUUGCAAAUCACCGGAAAGACUGUUGCUAUCUUGAUAUGUAGUAAUUCAGCUGUAGCCUGUACGUUGCUCUGCUGGUUGGGGUUUACUGGUGAACCAGAGUUUUCCCUAUCCUAUAUAGCAGAUGAAUUGGUUUCCCAAAAAGUUUCUUUUCCUCUCCA